UCAACAUCAAGAUCCACGGGGCGACCACGGAGCCCCGCAUGAGAGAAAGAGCCCUCUUCCGCCAGCUGUGUGCGGUCCGGUAAAGUUUCGAGAUUAUGACCCCCCCGCCUACUCCGCCCGAGGCGGUCCGAUCACGACGACUCCAUCACGAAUUACGACGAUCUACAUAGAAACCGGAAUUCCGGAGUUUUUCUCUUUUGGUCUCCUGGGAUGCAAUGCCGUGAGCCGCGCUUUCUUUCCGGUCGACCUUGUCCUUUUCUGGCGUGGCGUUUUCCAGGCGCGUCAGGGUUCCUUGGGCUUUUCCUGCGAUUUACGAUUCUGUACAUAUGUCACGAUUUGGGCGCGCCCUCUCUCUGCAUUGGUUCUUUUUCGCAUAGCAGCGGCGUUGGGCGAGCACCGGUUAUUGCUUUAUCUUGGGGACUGACAUUCUUCGAGAUGUUUUUCUUCGAGAUGUUUUGGGUCGUCGUCCUGCUGGUGCGCUUCAGGGAUGCAUCAUUUUGGGUGAUAGAAGAGGACGAAGAGAAAAACUCUCCUCUUGGAAGGACUGAGCUGCUUGGCAUAGAAUAGAAAAUUGCUCGGCAAGACACCAACAAUAAUAAUAGAAGAGCGCCCUGUCAAACCAUCUCUCUGGGGGAGAUAUCGCAAUGGACCUGCCGCGCCC